CGACCAUUUUCGGCUGGCGCUAGUGGCACUGCCGUGAUGAGUGCGCCGACGACAGAUGCCGACGUCAUGCCGAUGUUCUUCCUGAACCCAGAAGGACCUUCCGUCAGAAACAAAAAGGAUGAAGGCGCCAGCAACAGCCCAACCAAGUCGUCGUACGCCAACCUGCCAAAGCAAAAUUACCAAAACCCAUGGGAAUCGAACGGGUUGGACCGUCAAUACCAAUCCCUUCGCAAACGUGCAGGCGGUGCCGACAAUUCUUCCGUGUCUUCGGCCACGAGCAAUGACUCGACUUCGUCGAUUCCUACGAAUUCACUCUUUGCGUCGUUGUCGUCAAAACUCGAUGCAAGACCGACGCCGCUUUCUUCUUCAACGUCCACGCCGUCAUCCCUCCAGUUUUCGACCUUGCACACUCAAGAAUGGGGCGACGACGAGCUCUACUGGGUCACGGUGUUUGGCUUUCCCAUGCAGGACAUGGAGGUGGUCCUAUCCUAUUUCCAAGCUAUCGGGAACGUUGCGCAAUAUCGUCAUGGCCGGGGCAACUGGCUGUACCUGCGCUACCAAACCCGGCUCCAAGCGGAGAAAGCUCUCAUCGAGUCGGGAUCCACCCUUGGUGGACGUGUCAUGAUCGGCGUGAAGCGCUGCCUGGCAUGGGAAAUGGAUGCCGACGCGCCCAUGGUCAACGUCACCGACUCGACGUCGCCCCCACCGUCGAUGCUGUCGCGGGACCUGCUCGUCAACCCCACCGACGUCGACGUGAUGGAGUCGCCGCGUCGGCAUGACGACAUUUGCUCACGAUUUCUCCGAUUUCUGUUUCAUGUAUAGCAAAUAUACCCCGCGACACGUCCGCCCGAUUUUUUUCUUGCUCCUCCUAUACGAGAACAUCGUCGUCAUCUUGAUCAAGUUCAUUCCGGCGACGAUUUUGGUCACGACCGACAUGGUUGCGUCCGCCAUCGUCGUCAACACUGUCGUGAAUGUCGUCGCCGAGCAGCGGCUGCGCCUUGGACAUGUGGAGCAUGCGGCGCACUUGGUCGUGGCGAUCCACGUGGCGUUUGAACAAAUGCGGCAUCGUUGCCCACAUCGGUUUGCUGUCUUCUUUCGUCGAGUAGUUGUACGCGUCUGGGACGUGUUCGUCGUCGACGCCGCCGCCGUCGCCGCGGGUGAGUCGCCAGCACCGCGCGCAAUGGUCCUCCUCGAGUUCGCGCCGCGUGAUGAAACCUUUGACAUUCAUAUGCCGAUUCACCACGACCAAGUGGCGCAGUCCCGACGAUCGAAAGAGCCGAUAGGCGCGCGUGAAGGGGGCUUCUUCUUGUAUCACGAACGGCGUCUGGUUCAU